AUGGACGGUGGGGAUGAUUCGAACAGCCGCUACACGGUGGACGAGGCGCUCUCCGCCGUCGGAUUCGGCGCGUUUCAUUGGCUGCUGCUGGGGUAUGCCGGCCUGGCGUGGGCGGCAGAGGCAAUGGAGCUGCUGCUGCUCUCCUUCAUCGCCGCCCCCGCUGCCGCCCACUGGGGCGUGGGCGGCGACGGCGAGGCGGCGCUGUCGUCUGUAGUGUUCGCAGGCAUGUUGGUGGGCGCGUUCGCAUGGGGGCUGCUGGCGGACAGCCGCGGGCGCAGGUUUGCCUUCACAGCAACGGCCCUGCUCACCUUCCUAGCAGCGCUCCUCUCAGCGCUCGCCCCCUCCUUCCCUCUCCUCCUCGCCGCCCGAGCACUUGUCGGGGUGGGCCUGGGCGGCGCGCCCGUCAUCUUCUCGCUCUUCCUCGAGUUCACGCCGCCCGCUUCCCGCGGCUUCUGGUCCCUCGCCCUCUCUCUCUUCUGGACCGUCGGAUCGGUCGCCGAAGCUGCUCUAGCUUGGGCCGUGCUGCCAGUGCUGGGAUGGAGAUGGCUCAUCGUUCUCUCCUCGCUGCCUCUCCUGCUGCUGCUGCUGCUCUUCCCACUGCUUCCUGAAUCUCCGAGGUACCUUCUGGUGAAAUCUCGGCCGUUGGAUGCGAUGGCAGUGCUGCAACACGUGGCAAGGCUCAAUAGGAGGGCACUGCCAGCAGGGCAGGUCAGCCUGGUUGCAGGGGGCGGGGGGUCUCAGGGUGGAUCUCAGGUGGAAAAAACAGAAGCGGGAGAGUCAGAAGAAGGGGCACUGCUGCUGCAGACGACUGCUGCAACUGCUGUCGGUGCUGCUGCUACUGCGACUGCUGCUGCUGCUGCUGCUGCUGCAGAGGCAGAGGCAGCAGCAAGGGAUGCAGUGGAGCGGCUAGGCCAGCCGUUCUUUUUCGGUGUGCUUAUAACGAGUGCAGCAGAGCUGCCUGGGCUGCUGCUCUCUGCUCUUAUAGUGGAUCGUGUGGGUCGACGCACCACCAUCGCUGCCAUGCUUGCUGCUGCCGCACUCGCCGUCCUCCCCCUCCUCCUCCACUCCCUUCUCCCGGGCUUGUCAGUUCUUGUGUUCGCCGCCCGCCCUGCUGCCACUGUAGCAGCGCUGUUUGUUGCCCGGGCGGCGAUCAUGGGGUCGUUUCAGACACUGUUCAUGUUCGCACCAGAGCUCUAUGCCACGUCUGUCCGAUCCUCUGGCCUCGGCUUUGCCAGCUCGUUCUCCCGCUUGGGUGGCAUCGUUUGUCCUUACGUGGCUGUCACUCUGGUUCAGGGGUGCCAAUUGUCUACAGCGCUGUCCCUCUUUGUAGCAGUCCCGCUAACAGCAGCAAUAGCCACCACGUUUUUCCCUGUAGAAACAGCAAGAAGAGCACUUAUAGAGGUGCAUGUUGAGGAAGGGGAAUAUGGGGGGCAGAAUGACGGAGAAAUUAGUCGAAAGCAAGGUGUUGUGAAAGAUGAAUCAUGCGGCUUGUGA